CUCUGCUGGCAGUUGUUCACAUUCACCAGCCAUGAGGGUGCUUGUGCUAGCUCUCACUCUGGCCCUUGCGGCGGGUUACCAGGUCAACUUAGAGUUUGCUACUGGAAAGACUCACGUGUACAAAUAUGAAGCAUUUCUUAUGGGUGGCCUGCCUGAGGAGGGUCUGGCACGGGCCGGAGUGAAAGUCCGUAGCAAAGUUUUAAUCAGUGCAGUGACUGCCGACACCAUCAUGCUGAAGCUUGUAGACCCUGAAAUCUUUGAGUACAGUGGCAUGUGGCCCAAAGAUACUUUCAUCCCGGCCACCAAGCUCACCUCAGCCCUGGCUGCUCAGCUUAUGACACCCAUCAAGUUUGAGUAUGCCAACGGGGUUGUCGGCAAAGUGUUUGCACCGGAUGGCGUUUCUGCGACUGUGCUCAAUAUCCACAGGGGAAUCAUCAACAUCUUACAGUUGAACAUCAAGAAAACUCAGAACGUCUAUGAGCUGCAAGAGCCUGGAGCUCAGGGUGUGUGCAAGACCCACUACGUCAUCAGUGAGGAUGCAAAGGCUGACCGUAUCCUGCUGACCAAGACCAAGGACCUGAACCACUGCCAGGAGAGAAUCAUUAAGGACAUCGGCUUGGCUUACACAGAGAAAUGCUCAGAGUGUGAAGCUAGAGGAAAGACCCUGAAGGGAACCGUCGCUUUUAACUACAUCAUGAAGCCAGAAGCCACAGGUGCUCUGAUCUUGGAGGCAACGGCUACAGAGCUCAUCCAGUUCUCACCUUUCAACAUCUUGAAUGGUGCUGCCCAGAUGGAGGCUAAGCAAAUCCUGACCUUCGUGGAGAUCGACAAGAACCCAGUUGAGCCCAUUAGAGCUGAAUAUCUUCACCGUGGAUCCCUGCAGUACGAGUUUGGCAGCGAGCUUCUCCAGACACCCAUCCAGCUACUGAGGAUCAGCAAUGCCGAGGCUCAGAUUGUUGAGCUUCUGAACCACCUGGUGACCUUCAAUAUGGCCAAGGUCCACGAAGAUGCCCCUCUGAAGUUUAUUGAGCUCAUCCAGCUGCUGCGUGUGGCCAGAUUUGAGAGUGUUGAGGCCCUCUGGAAUCAGUUCAAAGUUAAACCCGAUUACAGGCACUGGCUCCUGAAUGCUGUCCCUGCCAUUGGUACUCAUGCUGCUCUGAGGUUCCUCAAGGAGAAGUUUGUCGCUGGUGAGAUGACUAUUGCUGAAACUGCUGAAGCUUGGCUGGCAUCUGUGCACAUGGUGACAGCCGACCUGGAGGCCAUCAAGCUUGCUGAGGGUCUGGCUAUGAACCACAAGGUCCAAGAAAACCCAGUUCUGCGUGAGAUUGUCAUGCUGGGCUACGGCACCCUGGUUGCUAAAUACUGUGCCGAGAACCCAACUUGCCCAGCUGAGCUUGUGAGGCCAAUCCAUGAACUUGCUGUCCAAGCUGUUGCCAGAGGUGAAAUUGAGGAGCUCAUUGUCACUCUCAAAGUUCUGGGUAAUGCUGGACAUCCUGCCAGCCUUAAGCCAAUCAUGAAGCUCCUGCCUGGCUUUGGCAGUGCUGCUGCUGGUCUGCCACUCAGAGUUCACAUUGAUGCUGUCAUGGCCCUGAGGAACAUUGCUAAGAGGGAACCCAAGAUGAUCCAGGAAAUGGCUAUUCAGCUGUUCAUGGACAAGACUCUCCACCCAGAGCUCCGUAUGGUUGCUGCAAUUGUGCUGUUUGAGACCAGGCUACCCAUGGGUCUGGUGACUACUCUUGCUGAUGCCCUCUUGAAAGAAACAAAUCUGCAGGUUGCUAGCUUUGUCUACUCUUACAUGAAGGCCAUGACCAAGAAUACGGCCCCUGACUUUGCCUCUGUUGCUGCUGCCUGUAAUGUUGCUGUGAAGAUCCUCAGCCCCAAAUUCGACAGACUGAGCUAUCGCUUCAGCAGAGCUCUCUAUUUGGAUGCCUACCACAACCCCUGGAUGAUGGGUGCUGCUGCCAGUGCCUUCUACGUUAAUGAUGCUGCAACUGUUUUGCCAAGAGCCAUUGUGGCCAAAGCUCGCACCUACCUGGCAGGAGCUUAUGCAGAUGUUCUUGAGCUUGGAGUGAGAACUGAGGGAAUCCAGGAGGCCCUUCUGAAAAUCCACGAGGCUCCUGAGAAUGCUGACAGGAUCACCAAGAUGAAACAAGUUAUGAAGGCUCUUACUGAGUGGAGGUCUCAUCCAUCAAGCCAGCCCCUGGGCUCUGUGUAUGUGAAGUUCUUCGGACAGGAAAUUGCAUUUGCCAACAUUGACAAAGCUAUUGUUGAUCAGACGAUUGAGCUUGCCAGUGGACCAGCAAUUCACACUUAUGGCAGGAAAGUUUUGGAUGCUCUGCUGUCUGGUUUCGCAUUUCAUUAUGCUAAACCAAUGCUGGUUGCUGAGGUUCGUCGCAUCCUUCCCACCGCUGUUGGUCUUCCCAUGGAGCUCAGUUUCUAUACUGCUGCAGUGGCUGCUGCAUCUAUUGAAUUCCAAGCUACUGUGACGCCACCUCUGCCAGAGAACUUCCAUGCUGCCCAGCUUCUGAAGUCUGAUAUCAACAUGAGGGCUGCCAUUUCACCAAGUGUCUCCAUGCAUACCUACGCAGUUAUGGGAGUGAAUACUGCUUUCAUCCAGGCUGCCCUGCAGUCAAGAGCCAGAGUUCACACAAUUGUUCCUGCAAAGAUGGAAGCAAGAAUUGACAUGAUUAAGGGCAACUUCAAGCUUCAGUUCCUGCCUGUUCAGGGCAUCGAUAAGAUUGCAUCUGCAGUUGUUGAGACUUUUGCUGUUGCAAGAAAUGUGGAAGACCUCGCAGCUGCCAAAAUCACACCAAUGAUUCCAGCUAGAGUUGCAGCACAACUGUCAAGGGAGACCUUCACUUCAAAGAUUUCUAGGAUGGCAUCCUCUCCGGAUAGUGGCAUGUCAGCAUCAUCUGAAAUCAUUCCUGUUGACCUACCAAGCAAAAUUGCCAACAAACUGAAACUACCUAAGGCCUUCCAGCAGAAAAUGUGUGUUGCAACUGAAACCUUUGGAAUCAAGGCAUGCACUGAGAUUGAAUCUCACAACGCAGCCUUCAUCAGAGACUGUCCACUCUACGCCAUGAUUGGAAAACACACUGUUUUGGUUGAGGUUGCUCCAGUUUCAACUGCUGGACCAGUCAUCGAGAAGAUUGAAAUUGAGAUUCAGUUUGGAGAUAAAGCAGCAGAAACGAUCAUCAAAGUGAUUAACCUGAGCGAGGAAGAGGAAAUUCUCGAGGACAAGAACGUCCUGAUGAAACUCAAGAAAAUCCUGGUUCCUGGUCUGAAGAACAGCACAGCAGCUUCUUCCAGCUCCAGCAGCUCAUCUUCAAGCACCUCCUCCUCUGCAUCAUCCAAGUCUUCCAUUAGCUCUUCCUCUCGCCGCAAGACCAAGAUGGUCAGCGUUGUUGCUGCCAACAGCAAGACAUCAAAGAGACAGAGCAGCCAGUCCAGCAGCUCCUCCAGCAGCCGAUCAAGCCAUCGCUCAAACAACUUCCGCUCCAGCCGUUCAUCUCUCCAGUCCAGCAGCCGCUCUUCCAGCUCCAGCUCCAGCUCCAGCUCCAGCUCCUCCAGCUCCAGCUCCUCUAGGUCCAGCUCCCAGUCCAAGCAAAAACUGUAUGAGAUGAAGUUUACCAAGAACCACAUCCAUCAGCAUGCCCUCUCCACAGCCCGUGCCAACAGCAAGAGCAGUGCCUACAGCUUUGAAGCCAUCUACAAUAAGGCCAAGUACCUCGCUAAUGCUGUCACUCCUGCUGUGACCAUUCUCAUCCGUGCUGUGAGAGCCGACCAAAAGGUCCAGGGAUACCAGAUUGCAGCUUACUUAGACAAAGCUACUGCCAGACUGCAGAUUAUUGUUGCCAACCUGGCUGAGAAUGACCACUGGAGAAUCUGUGCUGAUGGUGUGAUGCUGAGCCACCACAAGCUGAUGGCCAAGAUUGCCUGGGGCAUUGAGUGCAAACAAUAUGAAACUGAGUUCACAGCUGAGACUGGUCUUGUGGGUCAAGAUCCUGCGUUCCGCCUGAAGAUGUCCUGGGACAAACUCCCAAAUAGCAUUAAGCGCUACGCAAAGAGGCUCUCUGAGUACAUUUCCCGCAUCACUAGUGAAAUCGGAGCAAGCAUGGCAAGGGUCAAGAAUGAACAUAAUCAGGUCAAACUGAGUGUGGCUGUUGCUUCUGAGACAAGCCUGAAUGUUGUGCUGAAGACACCACGGAGUACCAUUUACAAACUUGGUGUGGGUCUCCCUGUUUCUCUGCCACUGGGAGAUACUGCUGCUGAGCUGGAAGCAUACCAGAGCAACUGGGCUGACAAGAUCUCCUACAUGCUCACCAAGGCUUCUGCAGCUGAGUGCGCCAUGGUCAAAGACACACUGAUCACAUUCAACAACAGGAAAUACAAGAACGAGAUGCCCCACUCUUGCUACCAGGUCUUGGCUCAGGAUUGUACCCCAGAACUUAAAUUCAUAGUGCUGCUAAAGAGGGACCAAACACAGGAACAGAACGAGAUCAAUGUGAAGAUUGCAAACAUUGAUUUUGACAUAUAUCCGAGGGACAGUGCAAUCAUAGUGAAGGUUAAUGGGGUAGAAAUCCCCAUCAGCAACCUGCCAUAUCAGCAUCCCACAGGCAAAAUUCAGAUCAGACAGAGAGAUGAGGGCAUCGCUCUCCAUGCUCCCAGCUAUGGUCUUCAGGAGGUCUACUUUGAUCUGAACACAGUGAAGGUUCAAGUUGUGGACUGGAUGAGAGGACAGACUUGUGGACUCUGUGGAAAGGCUGACGGCGAAAUCAGACAGGAGUACCGCACACCCAACGAACGCCUGACCAAGAGUGCAGUCAGCUACGCUCAUUCCUGGGUUCUGCCUGGAAAGAGCUGCCGUGAUGCCUCUGAGUGUUAUAUUAAGCUUGAAUCUGUGAAGUUGGAGAAGCAGAUAGUCCUCCAUGGCCAGGAGUCCAAAUGCUACUCUGUUGAGCCUGUGCUACGCUGCCUGCCCAGCUGCAUGCCAGUGAGGACCACCACCGUCACUGUUGGCUUCCACUGCGUGUCUGCUGAUUCUAACCUGAACCUCUCUGAAGGUCUCAACAGCAUCUAUGCGAAGAGCACUGAUGUGAGGGAAACAGCAGAAGCCCACCUGGCCUGUCGCUGCACCGCUCAGUGUGCUUAAUCACCGUCUUGUUCUUGUUACUUUGUUUGAACUGUAAAUUGAAAUAAAUUGCAGAAGCAUCUGAA